GCUAAGCAAUCGCAGUCCAGAUACUACAUACAACCACGCGCCGACUUUUCGAAAAUGAAUUUUUUUUGGCGCUUCACAACAGAAGUUGCACGUUUGGGCGGAUAAAAUGCAAGCGAGUAGAAGAGGAAAGGAAUCGGCAACGCAGCAGCAGCAGGAGAUGACGGACUGCGAUGGUCCCCUUGAUUUCGAGUUCGAAGACCAGCUUCUCACUCCCACCAUUUCAGUCCCCAAGAAAAGGAAAAAAGUCAUUGGUUUGGAUGAUCUUCUUACUGAUUUCUACAAAGAGAAAAAUAAACGUGUCGAAAGAGAGACCACACAAAAAUGCUAUAAUUCUGAUGAAGACGACGAUAAUAGUCAAGGAAAUAAAGAAGUGUUGCUAUCCAAGUUUGUUGAUGAUUGCCAAAAGCAGGUGCAUGAAAUAAGUACUGAAGAAGAAUUUUUUGCAUGGGGUCAACAAAUUUUUGGGCAGCAGAAGUCUCCUCCACCAUUUGCCUUUCCAGGAGUAAGAAGUAUCACACUUUUGCAGUCUUUCACAAACAAUGAGCUCAAUUCAAUGACAGAACUGGUUGCUGAAAGAGGAGAAACCUUUCUUGAAGGAUUAUUGUUAAAUGGUUGGCUUUCAAAAUUGGUUAUUAAAUGUGGGCAUGUUGAAGACUCUAUAGUGUCUUGGACCCUUUAUCUGAUGUUUUACUCUUCAAAUGAGGACUUGCAGGAUUCUGCUUGUCACUUUUGGUUGUCUAUUCUUGCAUCAAAAAAUGAGGUUAAUGUACCCUCAAUUAGGCUAGGACAUUUUCCUAGCUAUACUGAUUUAAAAGAUGCCCUUGAAACCUAUGGAUAUUUAUCAGAAUCAUCUAUUAAUAUUUCUUCCCUUUCCAAGAUGGGUCAUACUGAUUCUGGAUCUGAAGGGCCACCCCAAAAUCUGAGAUCAUGGUUAAAAUAUCUUGCUGCUUGCUGUCAAUUGAGAAGCAUCCAAACUAUCUUCUCAACUUCCGAAGUGGAGGAGUUCCUUUGUGUGAUUAUUCGUUUCUUCCUAGACCGCAGGCUUCAAGGCUUGUCAUCACUUUUUCAUGAAUGCAUGCAAUCAAUUAUUAGUUUCUUUACAGAUGAUGAAUGGAUUGCCAGCUCAGAGAAAGUCGCAACUUCUCUUGCUCGCAGAAUACCGAAGGACUUCAACAGCUUGAAAGUUGUGAAGUGCAUUUUUGGGGUGGACACUCGUACUAAGCACCUCAGAAGUGAACUAGCCUUUCAAAUACUUGCAAAUUGUUUCUAUGAGAAGGCAAGUUAUUUCCUCCCCUAAACUUUAGCUAAUAUU